GCUUACUUAGAGCGUUCCUACCUACUUUAAAGUACAAUAACCGUCGUGUAUUAUAGGAACUUAGUAGUGAGUAGGUAUACUUAAUCAAAAUGUAGGUAUUUCUCCAUCUGUUCACAUACAUUUCUCAUUUAAUUAUUGUUUCGGCGUACUAACAUUCUAUAAUGACAAAUACAUUACUCAUUCCAAUAUAUAGACGGAAGGAUGGACGCAAUGGAAUUUAAUAAAAACAAAACUAUCCGAAUCCCUCAGCCUCUAUUCUCCCAUUUGCGCAUGUAGUAGUACUAAUGUCUGUGUGUAUGCCGAUGUGAAAGAGAUUGAAGUACUCACGCACACAUUCAAAGAACCACUAACAAUGUACUACAUAACUACCUAUCUAAUUUAUUUUAAGGAAGGGGCCCAAAGUGGGUAGAUAACUUAAAAAAACUUAAAAUAAGAAUUAAAAAUAUUGUUUUGUGUAACUCCGAUCCGAUACAAAGUUAAAAGUCAACCAGUUACAUUUAUGUUUCAAUGUUUAUGUCAAUAAAACACCACGAUGCAGGGGCUGGUGAGCGAUAAGACGUUCCACUUGAAGUGGAACAACCACCUGCAGAACCUGAGCCAGCUGUUCACGACCAUCUACUCGUCGUCGGCGCUCGCGGACGUGACGCUCUCCUGCCGCGACGGGACCCUCAAGGCGCACAAGCUCGUGCUCUCAGCAUGCAGUCCAUAUUUCGAACAGAUAUUCAAGGACAACCCAUGUCAGCAUCCAGUGGUUAUCCUGAAGGGGAUUCCCUUCUCGGAGAUCAAUCUCCUUGUGGAGUUCAUGUACAAGGGGUCAGUGGAUGUGCAGGAGCUGGACCUCCAGUCCCUGAUGCACACAGCAUCGGAGCUGGAGAUCCGAGGGCUGGCAUAUGAGGCCAGGGACAAUGCAGCACAGUUGUUAAAUGUGAACUUGGAGUACCCCUCAUACCCCGCAACAUCAGCAACUACACAGCCACAGCAAUAUUCACAAGCGAGGACUGAUGUGGAGAGGCUCAAACAGAUACACAUGUACCAGCAAUCCAUGAUGCGUGCGGAGGAGAUACGCAGGCGGCGGCGGGAGGAUCCUCCCGGGACCCACACAGCUGUGAACAAUAUCCUGGCGGCUGCGGCCAGGGAGAUGGAGGAAGCCAUGCACGCGUCCAGGGGUGGGGAGAGGGGGGAGAGAGUCGUGGCCAGUAUACAGACGGAGCACGAUCAGGUAGCAGCAACAUCGACGACGGAUGUCAAACGCGAUUUGGAGGAGGAACGCCCAAAGAAGCGUACUUCCAUCCUGUCCCCUGAUGAUGACCGGCUGCGGGCCAAGAAGAAGCCCAUGACUGUACGCUUCCAAGACGACACUUCCAAUAAGACUGACGAGCGCCAGAAGCUCACUUCACCGGGUGUCCCCACCAACGACACAAAGCCACACGACGAAGCGAAGCCGGGCAGCAUCAAGGUGGUACAACUGGCUGUACUUCAGAAACCCGCCAAUAACGACCAGGACGAUUCAGACGGUGAGCUCUCAUUAGAUAAAGGCAACAUCAAGCAUUUGGAGGAUGACGAGGAGACAGAUUCCAGCGGCUCGGUAUCGGACUCGGCAGCCAACGACGCUCAGGAGGGACGCCCGCAUGUGUGCGAUGUCUGUGAUCUUAGGUUCCAGCGCUCGUCUCACCUGACGCGACACAAGCUGACGCACACGGGCGAGCGGCCCUUCACGUGCGGCGGCUGCGGACGGAGCUUCGCGCGCUCCGACAAGCUGCGUGUACACACCAAGAUCUGCGAGAAGGAGGACCCAACUGUGGACAUGGCUAACGACACAUCGAGCAGCAAGCGCGAGAACAACUCGGAGGUGAUGUCGGGCAUGGUCCGCACGACGCACCGCGAGUCGGGGCACCUGGUGUUCACGGCCAGCGGUGACGUCAUGCUGCCGCCGCGCGCCACGCCCGUGGUGCUGAACGCCACGCUGGAGCCCGUGCGCAACGAGCUCAACGCGGACAGCCUGCUGGACCCGCCGCGCAGGGGCCGCGGCCGCCCGCGCAAGACGCCGCUGCCGCUCACGCCCAAGAUCAAGAAGAAGCGCGGCCGCCCGCCCAAGACCUCGCUCGACAUGGAGGGUUGUGUCCUGACCGGCGGCACUGUGAUGGGCCCGAGCCCGCAGAUGUCUCACCUGACGCCGUCCGGCCAGCAGCUGCUGCUCAAGAGGAAGCGAGGCCGCCCCCCCAAGAACUACUUCAUCAACCGACAAGGUUUGGAUCUUGAUAUGUCAAUACCGAUGCAGUACGGGAUCGCGGUCAACAAACUUUACGGACGCCCCAACGAAAACUACAACGCGACAAACCUACCGUUCGGCGACUUCUCAUACCUUACCGAAAUGAUCUACAACCCGCUCGCGUACGGCUCGUACGGCGUGACCAGCGUGGACCCCGACCGCAACGUGGACACCGACCAGAGCAUGAACACCGAGACCUCGCACGACAGAACCAUCGACGUGUCGGACUCGUCCUCCGACGACGACGACUCGCGCGUCGAGCCCGACGACAACGUGCCGCCCGUGGCCAUGGAGACCCAGAUCAUGACGGUGGGCGACUGCCAGAUCGUGAAGCUGCCGCCCGCCGACGACAAGGACGACAAGUACGAGGCGGCCGAGCCCGCGCCCGAGCCCGCCGUGUCCUCGUCCACGCCCUCCUCCGUCACCAUCACGCCCAUCACCACCGUGGGCGACUGCACCAUCCGCCCCGUCGACAACACAUAAGGGCUGCUGCCCGUCUUGCUCUACCCCGUAUACUUCCCACAGUAGAGGCCGCCGGUAACCAACGGUAAAACCACCGCUGUUCCCGAGACCGCGCUAUCGGCAGCUCGCACAGCUUCAGGUCUCGUCUCAACAGUAAUGGUUUUAAACGUUGGACUGCGGCUCGCGACACGAGCCCACGCUGGCUGGUGUCGCGCGGAAUGUGAAUACGACUAGUUUGGGUUCAUUUGCGAGCUCUAAGUUGAGAAUCAAUGCAAGUUAAGUUAUGUUGCGUUUGGAGGAUCAUGUGCGGUGUAUAUUAUGUUUAUGUGACAGAAUUGUUGAAAUGUGCGUUAUUUUUAUUUGUAUUUUUUCCGUGGAUUUUUAGUUGCUAGAACAACAUGUUAACAAGAUCAGUUUUAAAAUCAAUUGUGCAAAAUAUGUUUCUUUAGUAGCUAAAAAUGCAUGUUGCGUCUGCAUUUAAAAUUCAAAAUUGCAGCUUAUUAAGGUGUAGCUGGAAAGAUUUUCAAAACAAUAUGGGGUAGGCAUUAAUUAUAUUAUUGUGGCAGCAUUCACAUGGAAUUACAUGGUCAGGGCUGGUGUAUGGCGGCAGACCGAAGUGGACACGUGACAUUACUGGGGAAUACAUUUCAAACAGUACUGUUACUAAGAUCUACUCAUCAGUAGCUCUUGAAUAUUUAUUAUACAAUUAUAUUAGUGAGACUAUUAGUGCUUCCGACAUGUCUAUCCGUUUUCUGGGACUAGAUUGAGAUGGACGCGUACAGUUUUCUGUACACAGGUUUCGUACUAGGUGUUACAUAAGUAAUCAACUCAAGCCGUAGGAAAUAGUGCUAAGAUUUAUUUCCCUACGGAAUAAGUGCUUCAAAUGCCCGCCAUAUUGUAUGACCAUGUAAACUCGAACUUUCUCAAGUUACACAUCAAUGUCUUCCCGUUCUCGUGAUGCUACCACAAUGAUCAUCAUGUAUUUACUAAUUAAAAUUCAAGUGACUGUCAAAAAUGCAUUUAGAAUUGGUGGUGAUGAAAUAUUUAUUUUAUUGGUGAACUAAUGUACCAUAAUGCCAUAAGCUUUACAUAAUUUUAAUCGUGAUACUCAAUUAGAGGACUUGUAUACUUAUCAGAACAAAUAUUAAUUGUCACAAUAUUGUGUUUGCGUACCGCGCGAGGCGACAUCACACGACGCACCAAAUGUGUUUAGCUAUGAUUAUGAAUACGUUGACAGGACUUUUAGGCAAGGAAAGAGGAAAUAGAUAAUCAUAAUCAACUUUUACAAGCUAAACAGUUGACAAUAGACUGGGAAACAAUGGCUUCCGAAUGUAUGCUUUACCUCAUUUACGUAAUCAUUUUUUACAAUAACAGUAUGAAGUAUAAUUAAUAAAGGCAAUAAAUAUACUUCAAUGUUAAUUGAUUACUAGAGAGCCCCGCGCGGUACAACAAACAAGUUUUACGUAUAGAUGUGUAUUUUGCGAAUAUCUACAUAGAGGCAGCAUAUUUACUGAGUAAUAAUGUAACAGUGACACUAUUUAGGUACGCGAUGUUUAUGAUAAUGUGCACUUAACGUUGCCUUCACUGUUUUAAUCGUUUAAGGGUGUUACACACCACCGCUGGGGCUGCAUACUCGUGGCACACAUAUAACCACCACUUAAUGAACUCUAGCGGUGGUCUGUAAAGUAUUUUCUUGACACUCCUCAAAAGUAUUUCUAAUUAUUUUUACACGCGAAAUCUCUCGAUCGAUCUGAUUUUGUUUUAUUAUAACGAGAGACUGACUUCCAUUACGUGAGGAGGAAAUAUUUUUGAGCAGUGCCCGUGUGUUCGUAGCGUCUGAUUGGCUGUCUAUUUUACGUUUAUUUUCUAUUAUAAUUUUUUAGUUAGUCGUUGUGUAGCAGGGCACACGCUGUUUCGCCUUUUCCAUAUUCUUAACUGUAUCAAUCUCUGUGAAUAUUAGAAUGUAGAACGUAGUGUCUUAGAUGAAUAUAAAACUUAAUAUUCUAAAUAUUAACUCGACAACACCACACUAAGAAGUGAUACGACUAAGCUACAUAUUUUUAGCAGAACAUAUUGUAUUGACAUAUUAACAAUAUAUUUGUUUACUAGUUUUGCCUGUAAAAGCAAUGUUAUCGUACCGUAGUUUAGUAUGUCGCGAUCCCGGCAGCCUAGCGGCGGCGCGGCCUGUCAGACAGCCGACCGCCACAUAUUUUUCGAUCAAACACCUUUUAGUUCCUCGUUCGGUUCGAUAGAGACUAUAUAGAAGUCUACAUACAUACAUAUAACGUCGAUGUAAUGAAAGUAUUAAACUCACUACUAUGAAAAUCAUAAUCAUUAUUUUCUUUUUAAUCUGUACAGUAGUAGAUAUAGUUCCUAACUUGUAAUCGAUACAAACUAUAACCCUUAAAUUAAUGAAGUAGAUGAAAAGUAAUAUUUCUUUAAUCGUUUAGAAUUAAGUUUAUAUUAUGAUCAAAUUUUGAGUAUAUCUUUUUUAGUAUUCACUAUUAGUGAUAGUCGUCGAAUUGUUUAAGUAUCAAUUGCGAUAUAUUUUUACGUAUUUAAUGGAAGACUGCUCGGAUUCGUUUUCUGUUAACGUGUAUCGUUUGCGGCUCGGUCUCGUUGGUGCGGCGAGCAGACGCGACUCCCAACACGACUUGCGUGAUCCCAGUCGUGCGUACUUACAUCAGACCGCAGUGGUCUGUCCAUCGCAGCACCCGCUCCCGCUCCAACGAGCCGAGUCCAAUUAAUUAUAAUUUUAAACAUUUUGACAUAAAUGAAGCCCCGAAGAGGCAUGUAACCAUGAGUCUCAGACGGCAAGCUAAGCUUAUUGAGAAUUAUUUUAAUAUAGGAAUCUGUAUUUUUAUAACGAAACUAAGAUAAGUUGAUACAGUAAUCAGUUACUCCUGUAUGUCACACGUAAUAGUAGUAAGCUGUGUUUAAGUUGUGUUUACAAGCGCCUAUUGGCUCCGUUGUCGUUAAGUUUAUUGGUUCCCUUCGAGGCGGUUGGACGGUCACUAUCUACAUAUAUCUGCAUUUGGUACUGUUAGGAUAGAGAGCAAUAAUUAGAAGAUUGGAAUGUGUGAAGUAUGAUUAGGCCUGAAGAAUAUUAUUAUCUAAAGAUUUGGCUUCAAUUUAUACACUAUUUGUAAGUGUUCUAUUAACUUAAAUGAAAUUGCUAAGAAAUUUACUGUAUAGGCAUAAUGCUGAGAUUUAGGACAGAGAUCAAAUUGUCUACUUUCGACGGAAUUGUCAAUUUAAUCAGACAUUUGAAAUUGUUACUUCACUUUGUAGGAAUGCGCUAAUGUCGUUUGGAGUUCAGAUUAUGUAAAAGGAGGUUAAAUUAACCUAUAUAUGUAGAUACUGAUUGGAGGUUUUAUUUGGACAAUAUGGUGGUUAUAUCGGACGUUAGAAUCGUGAGCAUUGAUUGCAUUUAUAUUUAUUUUUAUAUUGGUGCGAUGUGUUGCAAAAUUAUUGAAAUGAUUUACAUGUGAACGUUUAUUUAAAGAGAAUCGAUUUAUUUGUAUACGCUGUCUAAAACUUAGUUAUUGUACACAAAAAUGCAAAGUUUUUUUAGUAUCACUUUUGUCUCUAUUGACGAUAAUCGUGUAUGCUAUUAUUUAAUCUUAAGGCAGCACGAGAUUAAUGUUUAUGUUGAAUUUUUGAACUUUACUAUAAUUUACUUUGGCCUAAUCAGUUUUUUUAUGUGUAAUCAGUAUUAUACAUAGCACGUUAGUGAUGUAUUCUUGUCAGUUAUUGCAUUUCAUCAAAUCACGCCUUACGCAUUUUAGCAUCUAAGGUAAAGUGCUACCACCAAAACUUUCGAUGUGUUCACUAUUAAAAUAUAUGCUAUUUAUAAGCAGCUAUUUGGCAAUUUGAAGUCAAAAUAUUGUAUUUAACUAUUCACAGCUAAAGGCAUUUGUAUUCACGAACAUUUUAUCUUAUUAGCCAAAACACAUUUUAGAUGGAACUUAGCUUUCACUAGAUGAUUUGUCACAUUAUAACUAAGUUGUGUAUAAAAUCUGCUUUUUAUAUUUUCAGUUGUUACAUUUUGCUCCAAUUUUAUAACCUCAACUGUUACAAGACUUCAAAUGUCUCCAAUGUCACUGAUAGUGCUAUGUAUACUACCACCUCAGUAACGUAAUAUUAAACACCCUGUAUCCAUUUAUUUCGUCGUAGAAUUAUAUAACAUUUUACGACCGGAUAGUUUUUAGAUCUAGUUUAUUAUGUUUAGUUGUAAUCGACGUUUUAUAUUCCUGUAUUUUGUGAAAUGUGCAUCAUUUUACGUUGUGAUCAUUUGAGUGCAAAAUUAUUAUAUAUUAACCAGUUUACUUUGACGGUUCGUCAGUUAGGGCAGCAGAUUUAGACAAAGCGUUUAUGUUUGCAUAGUCCGAGAGCAGUAUUUUUUAGAUGUAAUCUUUAUUAUUAAAAACUUUUUUAUUUUAACAUUAUGAUUACGAAAUUCGAUCGUUAGUUAAUUUCUAACAUGAAAUAUUUAAUAAAGAAAUCACAAAAUUA